AUGGGUACGUCAAACUCUGCCCCAGGUCUGGAGUUCAUUACACUUGAAGAUGGAGUUGGUUGUAGUGAUGUAGUGUCUCGCCGUUGCUUGAUAGGGAAAAUUUUCGCUCCAAAGCAGCUUAACAUCCCAGCUGUCUCAUCCAUUGUCAAAGGAGCUUGGAAGAUGAGAGCCUCCUUUUCAAUCACACCGUGGAAUGACAAUCUUUUCCUCUUCACUUUCGAGGAUGCAGAUGAUCGAUUGUGGAAAGGAACUCCGGUUACUGCUUUGGAAUUUCUGUGGAGCCCUUUCUGGGUUCAAGUUCAUGGCCUCCCUCCUGAGAAACUGACCAAGGCUAAUGGGGAGUUGAUUGGUAAUCGGAUUGGCCGCCUUAUUCGGGUAGAAGCACACUGUGAAGGUCUAUUGCUCUAUCGAAAUUUUCACCGAAUCCGUGUGGAACUCUAUAUCUCCAAACCCCUCCCUCGUGGUUUCUUUCUCCAGCAUAAUGAUUCUCUUCAAGCGGCCUCCUCCAACCCUUGGAUUUCUUUCAAGUUUGAAAAGUUAUUUGAUUUUUGUUUUGAUUGUGGGAGAAUAGGCCAUGAUAGGAAGGCUUGCAAAUUUGUCACUUGA